GGUCAUAUAGGUAAGAAUGAGAAGAAGACUUUUGAAUUGGAUUUGUUGAGUAUUGUUUACUGCAUAUAAUUCGCAAAUGCAUAUUUAAAAAGGACCCGAUUGUUGAAUCUUUGUUAUGGUGAACUUUCUGGACUUAAAGUUCUUUUGCAGGAAUCAUAAUGUAUAAUGUACAUCUUUGGAACUAGUGCACAUACUAUUAGUACCUGUUAAGAUGUUCACUGUUGCGUUUGUGUUUAUAAGCUUGUUUUGCAAGUUGUCUGUUUUAUCAGAAUCAACACCAAAGAGCACAGCCGAUGAAGUUCUGGAGAGUAUUAUCAGAGAAUCCCAUUUAGGCAAAGAUUUGAAAAUUUUUCACUUUGCAAGUAAUUAUUAUCCUGAAAUAUUAAAUCAUGAACAAAAAGAGCAGCCUGUUUCAUCUCUGGUUACUGACAAGUUAAUUCCUGAUCAUAACAAAGUUAUAUUUACUAUUAGAGUGAAGGAACCAUUAUCCAAUAUGGAAGUUAUUCGCCGAUUAUGCAAAGCAGUUGCAGACCAUCUUAAUUCAUCACUUGACAGCAUAAAAGUCUCAAAAUAUGAGCCUUCUACUGGAAUAGUAAAAAUGUUCUUCUUACAUACUUCAAAAAAGAUAAAUGAAACAGACAUAUUAGAGUUAAAACCAGCAUCUGAAGUUUUCAGCCAUUUGAUUCAAAAAAGACUUAGGAAUGCUGGGCACUCUAUAAAGAUCUUAGAUAUGAAAAAUGGCAUGGAAGCACCUUUAGAGUAUUCAGGUGGUAGAAAAAUCAAUGUCCAGAGUAUAUUUAGUGAUAAAAACUUGGAAGCAUGGCAGUUAGCUGUUAUAAUUGCAGCAAGUUUAUUUGCCCUUUUUUGUGUUUUUCUAAUUAUUCUAUUUCUUAGUUCUCAACGUAUUACCAAAGAUAAAGUCGGUCCAGUAGAGGAGCCACGUCAUGUUGUUGUUCAGCCAAUUAUAAGACCAGCUGUAGCUGGAGUUGGUAUUAUCCAGCCAGAAAAUAGGGAUCGUCAUAUUGCUGAAACGGAUUCAGAACACACACCAAGCCCAUCCCGCAGUCCUAUGAGAAUGAAGGGCAAAGGCUUGCUUGAAAGACGUGGAUCAAAUGCUUCUCUUACUCUGGACUUGAAUCGCUCUCAAGAAAAUAUCCAUUGUGGUACACCUCCAAAAGAAUGCUCAGCUGAAGAAUAUCUCCAGUCUGCUGGGAAAAGAAUGACUCGCCAUCAGCUUCGCUUGGUGUUAAAAGAUGUUAAAGCCCUUCACACAGAAUUUUGGGAAAUUCCAAUGAAUCAUCCCGAGAAAGUUGUAGUUGCAGGUUCUGGUACAAAAAAUAGAUAUAAAACUAUUCUACCGAAUGAAUCAACAAGGGUUCAUCUUUAUGAAAAAAAUGGAGAUCCUCUUUCUUCAUACAUUAAUGCAAAUUAUAUUCGA